AUGAUUGCGCUGCGCCGCGCCGCGCCGAUCUGUGGCGGUGCGCGUAUCCCCCGCAUAACCCGGCAGCGCGUCGACCGCCCUACGGCAUUGCGGAUCCCGCUCUUACGUGUGGCACAGGUGGCAUUUGGCAAUGUGCCUUCUUUCAGGGGUCAAGGUACCUCAUUCCAAGGUCCCCUCCUGAUUGAGCGGCGCAUGGGCUUCGGCACCCCUGGCCCCGAACAGGCAAUGGCCCCUGGAGGUGGUGGUGGCCGCCUGGAGGUCCUGAAGGGAGAAGAGCAAUUCCCGUACGAGCCCGGUACGAGGGCCGUUUCGACAACGAUCCGCCUCGCACACACGACCAAGCACCACGUCUACCUCUACCUCUUCCAGCGCACUAUAUAA